CUAGAAAAACGAGUGGAAAAUGAUUAAUAGUGAACAGAUAAUAAUCGGAGCGAUGGAGUUUUUAUGAAAAAUAUUUUAGUUUUCUUACAAACAUUAAAUUACAAGUUUCCCAAGAAAAAAAAAAUCUUACGGAUUUUAAGCAUUAUUUGAGAGAUCCAGAAAAAGAAGUCAAAAAGUGAAUUAAGUGCUGAAAAUCAAAUUGACGAUUAAUAUCGCUGUGAAUUAUUUAAUAGAAAUAAACUUGUGUCUCAGAUUAUCAAUAAUAUUAAAGGAUAGUGACAAAAGAAAUAGUGCUUCAAAAUGGGUUGUAUUAAUUCAAAAAAUCAAAAGGAAGCUAUAACUCGUAGUAAACAAAUCGAUAAGAUUCUGAGACUUGAUGGAGAGAAGCUCACAUCGGAAGUCAAACUGUUGCUCUUAGGUGCCGGUGAAUCUGGUAAAUCAACGAUUGUAAAGCAGAUGAAAAUUAUCCAUGAAACGGGAUAUUCAUUGGAAGAAUGUGAACAAUACAGACCUGUUGUCUAUAGUAACACGAUUCAGAGUUUAAUGGCAAUAAUUCGUGCGAUGGGUCAAUUACGUAUAGAUUUUGCUGACCCACAAAAGACGGAUAUAGCUAGACAAUUUUUCACAUAUGCGAGUGCGGCAGAAGAAGGCGAAUUAACUCUCGAGCUUGUGAAUUUAAUGAAGAAAUUGUGGUCUGAUGCCGGCGUUCAACAAUGCUUUGCACGUUCAAGAGAAUAUCAAUUAAAUGACUCUGCUGCAUACUACCUUAACAGUCUGGAUCGUAUAUCACAGCCAAAUUAUGUGCCGACACAGCAAGACGUUCUUAGGACGAGAGUUAAAACGACAGGAAUUGUAGAGACACAUUUUAGCUUUAAAGGAUUACAUUUUAAAAUGUUUGAUGUCGGUGGACAAAGAUCCGAGCGUAAAAAGUGGAUACAUUGUUUCGAAGGUGUAACAGCAAUUAUCUUUUGUGUAGCAUUAUCAGGCUACGAUUUGGUGCUUGCGGAAGACGAGGAAAUGAAUAGAAUGAUAGAAUCAAUGAAAUUAUUUGAUUCAAUUUGCAAUUCGAAAUGGUUUGUGGAGACAUCAAUUAUAUUAUUUUUGAAUAAGAAGGACUUGUUCGAAGAUAAAAUCCAGAGAUCGCCACUCACCAUCUGUUUCCCAGAAUAUACAGGAUCCAACACAUACGAGGAAGCGUCGAGUUAUAUAAGAAUGAAAUUCGAGAAUCUCAAUAAACGAAAAGAUCAGAAAGAGAUAUACACCCAUCUAACAUGUGCCACGGAUACAAACAACAUCCAGUUUGUCUUUGAUGCAGUAACAGACGUAAUUAUUAAAAAUAAUUUAAAAGAUUGUGGACUUUUUUAAAAGUCAUCCGUGUGAAUUAUUUUCAUACUACUAAUCCAGUAGUAAAAAUGUUGUUAUUGGAAUAAUGUGCUUUGUUCAUCAGAAUCAUCGAGAGAAUUGGAAAAGAAGGAAGUAUAAAAGUUUUAAUGUUUAAUCGGCACAUUUCGUUUUAGUCCCGUAAAUUUCAUUAUGUCGAUAAAGACAUCAGAAAAAAAAAUAUAAAUCAACAAAGCCGUUAAAGUUCACAAUUUAUGAGUAAACAUUUAAAAAAUAUUUAUAAUUUAAGGUCAAAGAUUAAGUUCAUUUUAAUGUCAUGAACACCAUUAUAGAAAGUAUGAAGUGUUUAACCCGACUAUCAACAUUCUUUCUAAAAUAUUUCCAUGAAUUUCUUUAUGUCAGUGGUUCUCAAGCUCUAGGCAAUGGGCCUUUUUCAUCAACAUCUUCAUCGAUUCUCAUAAAAAUUAAGAACACACUCUUUGAAGCAUGUCCGAAGGUCUAAAGCUUAAGAAACACUGCUUUAUGUUUUAAUUUUAUAAAUUACAUAUUUUUUACUUCAAUACAAUUAACGAUGACAAUUAUUUACUUGCACUUUUAAUCGAACUUCUUACUAGUGAAAUUCAUUGUGAUAAAUUUACACUUUUUCAUAUUAAACUU